GUGGACGUGGAAAGUCGGUCUUUUUACAGUACACCAGCAGGGACACUGCUCUGCUCAUCUGCCGACAGAAAUUCGACAUGGCUCUUGCACUGACUUGCACACCGUCUGUGUUGUCUUGUUUUUAUAUUUUUUCAUUGCUUUUGUCCAAUGUGCUUUGCGACGCUGAUGCAGAAGAAGAUGAACAUGCCAAGCACACUUACACGGUAGAGAUGUUCAACGAGGCGGUGCCCACUGCCCCUCACUUUGUCAUGUUUUUCGCCCCAUGGUGCGGACAUUGCCAGAGAUUACAGCCGGCAUGGAAUGAACUAGCAGACAAAUAUAACAGCAUGGAGGAGCCUCAGGUGUAUGUGGUGAAGGUGGAUUGUGUCCAGGACACUAAGUUCUGCUCUAAUGUGCACGGCAUUAGAGGUUACCCAACGCUGAAGUUGUUCAAGCCAGACCAGGAGGCCAUAAAGUACCAAGGGCCCAGAGAUCUGAAAUCCCUGGAGACAUGGAUGUUGAAGUCACUGCAGGAGGAGCCUUCAGAACCAGAAAGUGACCCAGAGCCUCCUAAAGCCCCAGAGCCUAAGCAGGGACUGUAUGAGCUCUCAGCUCACAACUUCAAGAGCCACAUAGCCACAGGUUCUCAUUUUGUGAAGUUCUUUGCCCCGUGGUGCGGCCACUGCAAAGCCAUGGCUCCCACCUGGGAACAGCUAGCCACCACCUUUGAGCACUCUGACGAUGUGAAGAUAGGAAAAGUGGACUGCACUCAGCAUUAUGAAGUGUGUUCUGAAAAUGGAGUACGAGGAUAUCCCACUCUGUUCUUCUUUCACAACGGACAGAAGACAGAACAGUACAAGGGGAAGAGAGACUUGGACUCGUUCAAAGACUUUGUAGACAACCAGCUGAAGGCUAUUGAGGAGCAAGAGAAGGAACCAAGUGAGGAACAAAUAGAGAAUGAGAUCCCGACUCCUGAGCCAGAAAAAGAGGAGUCCAAAGUGUUGCACCUGACUGAGGAAAACUUUGAGGAGUCUGUGGCCAAGGGCAUCACCUUCAUUAAAUUCUUUGCUCCAUGGUGCGGCCACUGUAAGAACCUCGCUCCAACAUGGGAGGAUCUUUCCAAGAAGGACUUUCCUGGCUUCACCAACGUCAAAAUAGCCAAAGUGGACUGCACUGUUGAGCGUUCACUGUGCAAUAAGUAUUCAGUCAGAGGUUACCCCACAUUGAUCAUCUUCAGGGCAGGGGAACAAGGUGAUGAAUACAAUGGUGGGCGAAACCUGGAGAGUCUGCACGCCUUCGUGAUGAAGCAGGCCAGAGACGAGCUGUAGAAAUGAUAAACCUCGCGCCCACACUGCAUAUCUGACCAGUAGGACAUCACUCUCUCUCUUUUUUCCCCAGUUUCCAUUUUGUCUUUCUCCCUGAGGUUGUCCUUCGUAAAGGAUUUGGUGACGAGACUUUUUUUUUUUUUGAAGGACAAAAAGGGGUCAGUUGUGUCUUUGGGAUGUGAAUGUAUUAAUCAUUGCUGUUAACCCAGCUUGUGUCCCCUCAUGUGGGGAAUAAGACUGUGUUGGGUGGGUGGUUAAAUGGGUUACACUGUGUGUCUGGGAAAUCCACUUUUCAAGCACUGCUCAAAUAAUCAAAUCCAGGAGGUUUAUCAAUCCUAUCUGAAGGACAGAUGUUUCAGGUUUCACAUGGAUUAUUUCUGAUCUAUCUUCUACGGCCUUUUGACUUUAACGAAUUACAAAAUUUUAUAUGUGGAAUCUGUUGUUUAUUCAUGAGCCAUUAACUUUGAGGUACUGUCCGUCAAGGGAUUUUAACGUUUCUGUCACCGAAUGUUGUUUUCGAGUUAAGUUGAGGGAAAUCCUUAUUCAUACCAGUUAUGACUGGGCUGACUUAACUCUCAGGGAAAUAAGCCUGCAGGAUGGAGAGAGCCACGAUGGAGAUGGCAGCAUCGCUGAAGGAGUCUGAAACAGAACAUGGACAUGUGUUUAUUUUUCUCUUUAAUAAAAACAGGAGACAUUUCAGAAUAUUUGUGAAUGAUUCUCAGAAUCUGAAGGCAAGUACGGAUUGUUCGUUGAUUUCUAGCUGCUCGGACUCCUCGGCCGUUCACUCUUUGCUCUUUCUGACACUCCGUAUCUCAGGCCUGGACCAUGUCUCUCCAAAUCUUUGUUACUUAACAAAUUGAGAAUUAUUGCUGCUUGUUUUGUUCUGCACAUUUUUACAGUCACUGUAACCUGUGUGAAAUCCUUAAAUCUUUUUUCCCCUGCGUCUUAACAGCAAUUGCAAUACACUUCUAUCUUUCUAAUCAAUCUUCAGGUUUCUUUUUUACCUUAAGGGCAUGUUUCAGUCUGCAGUUAAAAUACACUUCAACGUGAGUUCUCUGUAGAUGACUGCAUUUUUGCCAAUCGGUAAAAAUGGCUUUGCUGCCAAUUAAUUUCUUAGCUGUUGGCAAGCAAGCUUAGCAAGGCGGUACAUUUUUGGUUCUACAGAACCAAUUUUGUGACACCACGGCACUGAAGUGUAGGCUGCUGACUGCGAAUGCGUCUGUGCCUGCGCAUUAGCAGCGUAUCGCCCACUCCAGUUAAGACUCAAGUUUGGCAAAAUAUUACAGCAAAUAAUGAAAACCUUUAACAGUGUCACUUAACAUUCAUUCAAACUUGAAAAAAAAAACAACAACUUGAUGCUACUACAGAUGCAGUAGUGUAAU